UAAGGAGAGGCCCUGGGUGCUUCAGACAUCUCUUCUGUCCAUCAAGAAGUGAGGUGGCCACAAUGGGGGCCCGGCUGCCCCUCUUCCUCCUCCUGACCCUCCUUGUCAGCUCACAUGGAACAGGGCCAGGAAUGACUCUGCAACUGAAGCUGAAGCAUUCCUUUCUUGAAAAUUCCUCCUUUGAUUCCAGCUCUCUGGAACUGCUCAAGAAGCUCUGCCUCCUCCUCCGCCUCCCAUCAGGGACCAAUGUCACCCUCAAUCAGGCUGGAUCCCCACACCGCUUCACUUGCAAACUCUGAGAGAAAUUGGAGCUUGUACCUCUCCUGGAUGGGCUGCUUGCCCUCCUCCCCGCCCAGUGCAGGGGUAAUACCCUGGCCCCUUCUUCCAGCAGGCCCCCACCUGCUGACGGGCAGUCAAUAUGCUAAAUUCAAUGACUUUGUGAAUUCGUAAGCCCACUGAAUAAAGGAAUUGG